AUGGGUAGAAGCAAAGUCAAAAAAGUAAAACCAAGGAAAAAAAGGCCUUUAAAGCUUGACAAACAGUUUAAUUGUCCUUUUUGCAGUUAUAAAAAAUCAGUGGAUGUCAAAUUGCAUAGGUCAAAAGGAAUAGGCGAACUUAUGUGUUUAAAAUGCGGAGUAAAAUAUGUGAAUCAAAUUACUAGUUUGGAUGAAUGCAUUGAUGUAUAUAGUGAAUGGGUUGACAAGUGCUUAGAUGCAAAUAAAAAAGGAUGUAAUGAACUAUUUUUUAAUGAAGAUUUAGCAUCUUUUAAUAACUUAGAAGACUAA